UAUAAAGUUCCGCAGUGCUCCUCUCAUGGAUCGCUGCUCUGCUUCACUCAUCACUCACACCGAGCAGACACACAGCCGGGAAACCGAGAGGAUAUACGAAACUUCAUCGACACAAUUCCUGCUCCUUGUCUGUGUUUGGCAUUUGGUUUGGGUGAUUUAUUCAUCAUGAAGGAAAGGAGACUCACGCAGCCGUUUGUCGCGAGGUGUAAACUCGUGCUGGUUGGAGACGUUCAAUGCGGUAAAACAGCGAUGUUACAAGUCCUGGCCAAGGACUGCUAUCCAGAGACUUAUGUCCCUACUGUGUUUGAGAACUACACAGCCUGUCUGGAGCUUGAAGAUCAGCGUGUUGAGCUCAGCCUUUGGGACACAUCAGGUUCUCCGUACUACGACAAUGUGAGGCCCCUCUGCUACAGUGACUCGGAUGCUGUGCUCUUAUGCUUCGACAUCAGCCGACCAGACAUAGUAGAGGAAGCACUGAAGAAGUGGAAAGCAGAGAUCCAGGACUUCUGUCCCAGCACACGGAUCCUACUAAUAGGCUGCAAGACAGACCUGCGCACAGAUGUUUGCACACGCAUGGAGCUGUCCAAUCAGAAACAGGCACCCAUCUCCCAUGAGCAGGGUUCGUCCCUGGCCAAGCAGCUUGGCGCAGAGACAUACCUGGAGUGCUCUGCCUUCACAUCAGAGAAGAGCAUCCACAGCGUUUUCCGCACCGCAGCUCAGGCCUGCAUGAACAAACUCCAGCCUGCCAGCAAGCCCAGCCCGGUCCGCCGCCUUUCCAAGAGACUCCUACACCUGCCAAGCAAGACGGAGCUCCUCUCCUCCACCUUCAGCAAGGACAAGUCCAAGAGCUGCUCCAUUAUGUGAACACUGCUGCGAUUGAGCUCAAAGUAAAACAAAAAAGGAAGUAAAGACAAGCAGACUGAUGAUGGUUGAGCCACUUGUGCAAAGGCAAGAAUCCGAUUCUCCUUUGCAUACUCCCCAAAACUCCCCAUGAACCACCAAGAAAGACAUUUUCUAAAUAACUAACCCUGACUCUGAACUUUCCAUCCUUAUCACCAGCUCACAUGGUGCAGGGACUGAAUGGACACAGCUUUACGCUGAAAUAUUCCCUAUCAGUUAAACACACCUCUAUAAACAGCAGAACUGGCACUUUAUGGUAUGGAUUUCUCUCGUAAAGGUCCCUGUGUGUGAAGCGAGGCCAGUAUCUAAUCUAUAGUGCACGGGAAAGUGGUUGUAAAGGCUGCAUUUGACUGCAUUACCCAUGAGACCCAUUUGAAAUUCUUAUAGCAGUGCCCUCUCCCUUCCAUCUCUUUAAGUGAAUGUCUCCUUAAGGUCACGAUACACGCCGAGAUGAAAUGUAAAAUCUGACAAUGCAGCUUGGUGAAAUUCAAAACAGAGUCCCUUGAAGAUAUUACCCCUCCCUGACCCCUCGCAGUGUCUCGUUCGGAAAUUAAAGCUGGCAGAGGAGAGAAGGGAGGAGAGGGGAAGGAGGGAUUUGGCAAGUGGGAGCAUUCAUUUGCAAAGACAGUGGGAGGACGAAACCGAGGGCGCAUCUGAAGGAGCGCAAUGUGACUCAGCACUCACAUGAGUGAGUCUGGGGUGGACAUGUUGUGACAAAAACAAACACAAAAGCCUGGGCCAUGCAAAGACUUUCUUAGCAUGUUUAUGACAGAUUCAGCACCCAUCACUACAGCAGUUUCAACUUUUUCAUGUUAUAAACCCUGAACAAGACGGCUUGAUUAAUCAAAGAUGCAUAAACUCACUGUUUAAACAGCUUUAAAAAGUAAAAUGAAGAUUUCUUUCCAAACCAAUUCAACUGGGAUGAUUUUUUUAUGAACCAGAAAGAGCUAAAAAUAUUUGUUUUAAGAUCCUUUGCGUCAUGAUUAUGUAAAGGAAAAUAAUCCUCAUAUUUUUACUGUUAAUGAGGCAUCACUUUUUUCCAGCUUUUCUAUUUGUUAAUAAUGACUGCUGCCAUUUCCAGCCUGAAUUGCUGCAUUAACUCCACUAAGAUGAAGGUUUAAGGGAUAAAUUGAAUCACAAAAACAGGCUGGUCCUGUCUAGAGAGUGUUUUCUUCUUCUUUUAUGCUUUAAAAAUGUCUUUAUUUCAUUUUUUUGCAUUUUUUGGAUGUUUCUACUUGUGGAUGUUGGUGUUUAUUUGACUAGCUGUUGUUCUUGUAAUCACUCGAGUCUUCUGGCAUUAGCAGCUGUUGACAGCUCGGCUAAUGGAAGACUUGAUGAUUAGUGGGUCUGCACCGAGGAGCCCUGAGUCUUCUGGAUGUACAGAACACUGGAAUUUAAUGUGUUGCCUAGCAACAGUGUGAGAAAGAAGGGGGGCUGAGGUUCAUGCCUAAAAGAGAGAGGGUAGACACGCCUCACCUUUUUUGUAGCGACACUGCAAAGGUGACGGACCGGACGUGCCAGUGAGCAGAGGACUGCUCCUGAUCUCUGUGUGAUUUUUAAAGCCCCCCCUGGUAGCAGCCACCAGUGGGUUUCUGAAAACAGCAUGCAAACUAAAACAUGCCUCUGUAGCUCUGCUUCAAUUGUUAUUUUUUACUCUUCAUUCCUGUCUGGUGCAUUGUGCUUUUCUAAACAAGCUUAUUCUGGUUCAAUAAGCAGCUGUCACUUCAGUUUCUUAUGCUCUGUUUUUGACAGUUUCUUCUUUUUGUACAUAUCUUUUCAUAAAACUGUUCAGCUGAAAGAAAGAAAAGAGAAUGUUACUGAAGCAAAAACACAAAUCCUGUGUAGGGUUCCUUUAUGGCUUAAAAUAUGUGAAUUCUGUAUUUGUUAUUGUCAUACACUACUUUCUUUUAACCUUUUAUUUAAAUAAAUAUGUCUGAAAUGUA